AUGAGUGAGGAAAUUUGGAGCGGAAAUGAAGGUUAUCUUUAUGUUUAUGUAAGUAAAGCAAGAGAUUUACCCAACCUGAUCAAAUUAGACAAGCAAAAUGUCAUGUUAAGGUUAAGAAUAGCCCAUAUGACAAGAGAGAGUGAUGUGAAAUUUAGAGCUGGUCAGAAUCCAAUCUUUGAUUAUUUGGAGAAAUUUGAAAUAACACCAAGUGUUAAACCGGUCAUGUAUGUAGAAGUGUAUUGUGAUAGAAAAAAGAAGUCUCCACUACCUAUUGGACGUUGUGAAGUGGAUUUAAUGAAUGGGAUCCGUGCUGAUCCAAAAAAUGGGUAUUGUACAUGGUAUGAAUUAAGAAGAAAUGGCGAUGAAUUUGCUGGUACAAUAUUUAUUGAAUUGACGUUUAAACCAAAUUUGAAAAGAAACCAUUUGAAAAAAAUCGAUAAAGAAACAAUGAGAUUAGAUGCGUCUGUAGCAGCCAGACCGAUUCCAUUAUUACCCACUGAAACCAAGAAUAUAUCCAGUACAAGUGUCACGCAUACUAAUGAAAAGGGCAUAGACGAAUCUAAUUUUUCACAAUCAAAUACCCCACAAUAUAUGCAUGCAUCUGAAAUGAGACAAGUGACACCAUCGAUACGAAAUCUGCAUUAUGGUGUUGACAAUUUUAAUGGAUUUAAUAUGAGUCAUGACAAUGUUAAUAGUAAAGAUAACAGUUUUUCACCUAGAAGGAACUUAUCACCUUGUGAAUAUAAUCGAUAUACAAACCAACAUAAUUUUGAAACCAACCAAUUUGGUGUACCAAAUUUUGCAUCAUCUGUUGAUACAAGUAAUACAAUGUUAAGCCAAGACACCUCUAAUACGACAGUAACGUCAACUUCAGCAGAGACUAGAUUCCAUUUUGCAAACUUAAAAAAAUUGAAAGAACGUAUCAAUAUUUUUAAAAAUCCUAAUAUAUCAUUAGAGAAGAAUUCACGACCUGAUGAAAUGAUCGGAUCAAUACAUACAUAUAAUGUUAACAACAACAACAAUAACAAUAAUAAUAAUAAAGGUGUUGAUAUAGAAGCUUUAGAAAAGGCUAUUGGUGUGACAUCAGUACAGGAUGAUGAUGAUGAAGAUCAAGGAGAGAAAAAUUAUAAUGAAUAUGAUAGAAAUAUAAUUGUUAAUGGACAUGACUCUUAUAGACGACCCACUCCACCCAUAGAUCCUGAUUACAAUAAACAAAGUGUUACAGUAGAUGGGUCGCGAAGAAAUAGUAGUAGAAAGAGUUCAUCAAGAGGAAACGAAGGUCCACGCUUACCCUAUUUACCAGAAGAUGCCUCGUUAUAUUUAUCGUCAUCAUUAUCACCAAGAUUGAAAAUGCAGUUACCACCACUGCCUAAUGAAAAAAUAAUAUCGAAAGUAAAUCCCUCACAAACACCACAAUUACCUAAUUUACCUACUCAAUCUUCAACUUAUAGAAGCAGAACAAGUUCAUUUUCACCAAUCAGAAGACCAUCUCCGCCAGCACACUAUUAG